AUGAAACGAGGCAGUAUACCUUGUCUGUGUACUGAACUGAAUCUUGCCCUCACGUUGCACGGUGGCCAGAGUUUCAGAUGGACGGCUUGCGACAAUGGAUACAAAGGUAUCUUUAACGGGUCCGUUUGGACUCUGUCUCAAAAUAAAACCCAUCUGUUAUAUACCGUACAAGGACACUUAAAAGAUUCAGUAAAUUAUGAUAAUAUUCUGUCUGAGUAUUUUAGAUUAUCAGUACCAUUAAAAGUACAUUAUGAACAAUGGGCAAAAGCAGAUACACAUUUUCAAAAGUGUUUAGAUGAAAAUAAUGCUGUUAGAAUAUUAAAGCAAGAUGUUGUAGAGAAUUUAUUCUCAUUUAUCUGUAGCUCCAAUAAUAAUAUAUUAAGAUAUUUCUUUAAAAUGGAACUCAAGUGUACAGUUCAAACAUAUGCUUGGGGAAAACUUGGUAUGAACAGUAUUGUUGCGUCUUUGAUAAAAUCAGCCAAUGCUGAUUUCGUCGUGGAUGAACAAAAAACUUAUGCAGAAUUAUGGAUGGGUACUCACGAGAAUGGUCCAUCAUAUCUUAAGGAUACAGAUAUUCCCUUGCAUAAAUACAUUCAGGAAAAUACUGAAGCGUUAGGCAACAAUGUUGCACAAACGUUUUGCUCCAAUUUGCCUUUUCUCUUUAAAGUCUUGUCUAUAAAUAAAGCUUUAUCCAUUCAAGUACAUCCGAAUAAGACAAAGGCAAAAGAGCUGCAUAAAUUAUAUCCAGAUAUCUACAAAGAUCCGAAUCACAAACCGGAACUAGCUAUAGCUUUGUGUCCUUUUGAAGCGCUGUGUGGAUUCCGUCCAAUCGAUGAAAUAAAAGAUUAUGUGAAUAAUAUACCAGAAUUACUCGCCGUCAUAGGAGAAACUAAUUCUCGUCGCUUAUUUCAAACAGAUGAUUCUAUGGUCAGUGAUGCUUUGCAACAGAGUUUCCACAGUCUUAUGACUUGUGAUUCCAAUGAAGUGGCACAGCAAUUAAGAAGCUUGAUAGAUAGAUUAGAGAAUACAGACGAUUAUUAUAGACAACUGGUUAAAGCCGACUUGUUAGAGCGUUUGCACAAUGAUUACCCUGGAGAUGUAGGCUGUUUUACAAUAUAUCUGUUUAAUUACGUGACGAUGCUACCAGGUGAAGCAAUAUACAUUGGACCAAACGUACCUCAUGCGUAUCUAUCUGGCGAUUGCAUAGAAUGUAUGGCAUGUUCGGAUAAUGUAAUAAGAGCUGGACUUACACCAAAACCGAAAGAUAUAGAAACUUUAAUCCAAGUACUGUCAUUUGAAUGCAAAUCUAUCGAAAAGAUUCAACCAUCUCGGGAAGAUACGUUUACUCAAGUUUUUCGUCCACCAGUUUCAGAAUUCGCAGUCGCCAAAAUCACUUUACCACCUGGACAAUCAUCUUAUAAUUUAAAACCAAGAAACUCGGCUAGUAUUCUUUUAAUAGUGAAUGGUAAAGCAAAAAUAUCUUCCAAGAUUUGUUCUCGCGGCUCCGUUUUGUUUAUUCCUGCCAAUGAUGAAGUGGAGAUAAAAGUGUUAUGUGAUUGUCAUCCUAUGCUGAUGUUUCAAGCAUUUUCAAAUGUUUGAGGCUACAGAAUUCAACAAACGUUGGUAAUACUUGUAUAGUGUAAAACAUGAUUAAUCUUUUAAAGCAGUCAUAUAUUCAAAAUUAUAAAU